CAUUUUGUGGCAUUGCAACUUGGACUUGGAAAAGAAUUACUAUAUAUUGUUAAUAUACUAUACACAUAGUAAAUUGGAAAGCAAUUGGUUCUCAAUAGAUUUCUAGAUUUUUCUUUAGAAAUAAGUAACGUUUCAAUUACGUUAUUUAUUUUAAGUGAAGUGAAUUUUAUUACAUAUUGACUGGUGAAUAUUGUGUUUUGUAAAAUAAAAUAAUUGUCUGUCGUUUUGAUAAGAAACAGCUGAUAAUUGUGUGUGGUUUAGUUCAGUGACCGAAAACUUUGCAACAUGUCCAUUUUUGGAGCUUUAACUGGAGACUUUGAUGAUGAUCCAGCUGUGGCAUUGCAAAGAUUUGCUAUGGGAUCAAUGUUUCCGGAUCCUUUUGGAAUGAUGGGACCUCCUGCUAUUUCCGGAUCUCGUCAACGAUCGAGAGGACCUUUUCCUGAUAUGCAAAUGAUGCCUUUUGGAUUUCCCUCGUUUGGUUUUCUAAUGCCUACUAUGCCCACAAUGCCCACAAUGCCCUCAAUGCCCAGUCCGGCAAUGAUGAUGUCCAACUUUGGAAAUGGAAAUUGUCAUUCUUUUGCAAGCACUUCUGUAAUGACAAUGACUAAUGGUCCAGAUGGAAAACCACAAGUUUAUCAAGCUUCAACAUCAACAAGAGUUGCACCAGGAGGUGUGAAGGAAACCAAGAACACUGUCUGUGAUUCUCGCACUGGAACUAAACAAAUGUCAAUUGGUCAUCAUAUUGGAGACAGAGCACAUAUUCUUGAGCGCAAAAAGAAUUUACGCAGUGGAGAAGAGGAAGAGAAUCAAGAAUACAUUAACCUUGAAGAAGAGGAGGCCGAUGAUUUUAAUAAGGAAUGGGAAACACGUACACGACGUUCAAUUGGCGCAAUCGGAGGUGGUGCAGGUUCAUCUCAUCAUAACAGACGUCGAUCAGAUCAAAGGCAUUUAGCCUUACCCAGUCCAUCAUCAAGUAGUCGACAGUCUAGUCACUCAAAAUGGAUACCCUCUCCGAGAAGAGCAAUACGAGCUUUAACCUCUCGGUACAGCUACAAGUAAAUUAAAAUAAUUUAAAAAAAAGCGCAUUGUUCGCAACAGUGAUGAUUGCCAAAUAAUGAAACUGAUGAAAAAUCAUCUCCUUCUACAAGUUCAUCAUCUGGACGAAAACGUGAACACACACCUGAAACAGAAGUUAAUCACAAGCGGCACAUCACAAAUGAAAAUGUUGAUUAAGAAUCUCAUUACAAAAUUUAAAAAAGGGAUGGGUAUCGAGUAAAUAUAUCCUCAUUAAUUUACUACAGUUAUAUAAACUUUAAUUUUUUUUUUUUUUUAUGUUUAUUUUACAAUCAACUGCAGUUUUAUUUUUCAUUAUUAUAUUCUUCUCUAUAUUAGGUUAUAUUAUCUUUUAUUACUUAAUAAGUUGAAGUUUAUAAUGGAAAAAAAGGUAUUUUAUUUUUCUGUUUAUUAAUUAUAUUAUUAUUUAACGAAAUGUUA